GUGACCAGAAGUCAGGAGCCGCAGCACAGAGCACGUUCUGGAAUCCGGGUCAGACCGCAAGGGAAAUAAAAGCAGAAGUCCACCAAGUGGCCAGACGGAAAUAGAGUGUCUGGAGAGCUUGAGGUCCACAGUGCUUGACUGAGAAGUCCUCUCUUUCUCUCGCCCUCUACCCCUCCCUACCCCCCAACAGCCUAGCCUUUACUGAUGAGAGGUCAGCAAGAAAGAGUCCAUCAGAAAGAGUCUUAACAACUAAACUGAGACACUGGAAGGAAGCCACCAGAUGCCACUCUGCAGGUUACUCUAACUACAACUGGAUGCAUCCAAGUCCUCCAGAAGCCAGGACAUAACCAGGUGGGAAGCAGCAGCCCUGGGCCAUGGAGAACCUCACCUCUGCAUCUGGGAAUGGGAGCUCCUGCUCCCGAGACUACAAAAUCACCCAGGUCCUCUUCCCCCUGCUCUAUACCAUCCUGUUUUUUGUUGGGCUCAUCACCAACAGCCUGGCAAUGAGAAUUUUCUUUCAAAUCCAAAGUAAGUCCAACUUCAUCAUUUUCCUCAAGAACACGGUCAUUUCCGAUCUCCUCAUGAUCCUCACCUUCCCAUUCAAAAUCCUCAGUGAUGCCAAACUGGGCACCGGACCGCUGAGGGCUUUUGUGUGUCAAGUGACCUCUGUCAUCUUCUACUUCACAAUGUACAUCAGCAUUUCCUUCCUGGGGCUCAUCACCAUCGAUCGCUACCAGAAGACCACCAGGCCAUUUAAGACGGCCAACCCCAAAAACCUCCUGGGGGCCAAGAUCCUCUCCGUGGUCAUCUGGGCCUUCAUGUUCUUACUCUCUUUGCCGAAUAUGAUUCUGACCAACAGGAGGCCCAAAGACAAGAAUGUGAACAAGUGCUCUUUCCUCAAAUCAGAGUUUGGCCUCGUCUGGCAUGAAAUAGUCAACUACAUCUGCCAGGUCAUCUUCUGGAUCAAUUUUUUAAUCGUCACUGUCUGCUACACACUCAUUACACAAGAGCUGUACCGGUCCUAUGUGAGGACACGGGGCACAGGGAAAGCCCCCCGGAAAAAAGUGAACAUCAAGGUGUUCAUUAUCAUCGCUGUCUUCUUCAUUUGCUUUGUUCCUUUCCAUUUUGCCCGCAUUCCCUACACCCUGAGCCAGACCCGGGAUGUCUUUAACUGCUCGGCCGAGAACACACUCUUCUAUGUCAAAGAGAGCACUCUCUGGCUGACGUCCUUGAACGCCUGUCUGGAUCCAUUCAUCUACUUUUUCCUCUGCAAGUCCUUCAAAAAUUCCCUGAUGAGCAUGCUCACGUGCUCCGAUUCAGCAACAUCUCCAUCUUCAUCCCAGGAAAAGAGAAGAAAGGCACCGGACAGUCCUGAACCCAGUGAGGAAACACCCAUAUAAACCAGUUGUGGGGGGGUGGAUCUCUCUCCCUCUCCCUCCCCCUUCCCCCCUCUCUGUGUGCGCAUGUGUGUUCUGAAUGUCCUCCUGGAAAAGCACUGUGCAGAAAUACUGAUGUUAAGAAGUAGCCGAGUUCAUAACUAUGACUCUUGAAAUGAGUACUAGGAGACUAUGAAAGUAGUAAUGUGCACUUACUCUUCAGUAUUAUGAGCUAUCUUAAAAUACAGAAAGAUAAGAUGCAGCUGUGUAGCAAAGCAAAUUGUAUGUAAUCACUGCUAUGUGUAAGCUACACAGAAUUUAUGAUUUAUCAAAUGUAAUGCAUUGACAGAAAAGGGUAACCACAUUGUAAGAUCUGUUGUAAGUUUUGAAGUACAUCACUGAUCACAAUGUUGUCUACCAGCUUUGUUUUUUUUUUACCCAAAAUAAUACUUUUUAAGAUGUAUAUACAUUUUAGUCCCCUAGCCAAAUGCAUUAUAAGAUUUUAACUAAGUGGUACAUGGCAAGUGGAUACUAAAUACUAAUGUGUACUAGUUAACAUAAACAUAAGGAAUCUAAACUAAGGGAAUGGUAACUGAUUGGACUUAAUUUUUUAAUUUUAAUUUCAUUAAGAAUAUAGAGGUUUAAAAGGUAACUUCAAUAAAUUCACAAAGAUAAUAAAUGACACUAUUUAAAUGA